UCCGGCCCCCUUGCUGCCCGCUAGCACCCGCCGGCUGGCGCAAGCUGUCGGCGCCGGGGCACUGCGGGCGGGGUCGGAGCCUGGCCUUCCUGACGUUGCAGCUGCCGUCCCCACACGUUCCGGCCAGGGCCUCCCUUUUAGGGCCGGGCGGCGCCCGUGGCUCAGGCUGCAGAGUAGGGAAGCGAGCGGCCGCCGAGGCACAGCAGCGAUCCGGCGGGGGCGGAAAAUGGCGGCGGCUUCGGAGGAGCUAAAUGGCGCCGGGACCCCUGGGGGGUGGGGUGGGCCUGGAGGUUGGGUAGAGAACUGGGCCAGAGGGAGUGGAGACAGUAAAGAAGCCCUACUUGUUUUCUCGUGAUGUUCUUUUUUUAAUUUGUAUUUUUGUUACGUUUUCGGUUUUGUUUUAUGGUUCAGCAUAGGAGAGGUAGGCUUGGGUGGGGUUGAGAGAGUGGGGGCGGGUCUCGACCCAACUUCCCCCCCUUUGCUUUUUUUGUUGUUCUUUUACCUCGUUUGCGCUUUAGAUUCUUCUGUAAUUUUGCGGGGGUUCAGCCUUGCUCGGCGAUUCACGGCCCAGACUUAGAGAAUCGGGAUAGCUGGCCAAACCGUCUCAGUCAGUUUGAGUCUCUUUAAAGAAGGGAUGUGGGCUGGGGCGCGGGGACAGAGCCCUGGUGGAGCACGGAAAAUGCGUCUGUGAAGUAGUAAUUACUCUGUUGUGCUGAGUUCCGAGAAAGUUCCUAAAAUUAAGUCUACUUUGUUCUCUAAAAUGGACUUCGCUUUGAGAAUUUCUUCAGGGAGGUAUAUAGAAUGUUUUACCACAAUCUCCAGAGCAGAUUUGAGAGAAGUGGCCAAGUGCCAUUCUGUGCAGUUGAAUGAUAGAGCAUAUGUCUUUAUAUAAAAUAUUCGGUCUGUGAGUCAGGACUCCUCCCUUUCUCAUUGAAUUUGUGUAGUUGCCUUUUUCGCAACUCGAUUCAUCUUUGUGUACCUCUUUUUAAUGUACAUGGAUUUGAUUUUUGUACGUGGGCCUCCUUUCUGACAGGCGAGGCUCUGCUUGUUGGGACGUCCUACAAAAAUGCAUAUUCUGUAGAAUUAUUUUUUAAUAUGACGUGUCUUAAAGUGAUGCCAUUUGGAAAAUUUUAAGUUAUACCUGUAUUUUUAAUUCGUGGGAGAAAACUAUUUGUAGCUUUUAAGCUCCAGUCCAAAUACGAAAAUACUAUUCUACUAUGUUGAAAGUAUUACAAAAUCUGUUUUUUUAAGUUAAGGGUUUCAUAUUUUUUCAUUACUUCAAAUUUCUUUAAGCUAGUUUUGAAUUUAUAUUUCAAAUAGCUUUCUGAGGAUUACUGUCUUUUAAUAAUUUGAAUAAUUUACCAUCACUUUAACAUUUAGAGAAUGACUAUCGCGAUACACCAAAAUCUUAUCUUUUUGCUCUUAUGGUGUACUAGAGACAAGAUUUAUUUGGUUAGGAUUUAGAAAUUCUGUUAAGAUUUAGAGAAAAAAGGUUAAAACUACAUUCCUUAACGUUACAAAAAUUGUCAUGCUGAGACAAUCCAGUUUGGUGUGAGAAUAGUUUUUUUCUUCGUACACAAAGCACGAAAACCAGCCUGAUUGUUUCUGGAAAAAAACCAUUAUGUUAUAGGUGUGAAAAAUACAUUUAAUGAUUUAUGGUGAUUUUUAUCUCAUUUUAACUCCCAAUACUUCUGUAUGCUACCAAACAAGCUAAUUUUUUUUCUUACUAUUUUAGUUGAUAGGCUCACCCCAAAAUAUGCUUUUUGGGACUGAUUUAGCACCUGCAUAUUCUGCGUGAAUCUCUUUAAUUGGUUGCAGUUGAGCUAAUGGUGGAGCCAAAAUGCUAUUGCCCUGUCUUCAUCAACAUUUAAUCAAGUGUUGCAGAGAUAGGAACAUGGGAGAGAAACAAUCUGGGUAACAUGAAAGUGAUGCUGGUGGCUAAGGGAAGGCAACUUGAUUCUGUGGGAAGGGCUGUAGCUGAUCCAUCCGUUGUCUAGAUUUGAGUAUGAGCACAGUGGAAGAGGAUUCUGACACAGUAACAGUAGAAACUGUGAAUUCUGUGACUUUGACUCAGGACACAGAAGGGAAUCUCAUUCUUCACUGCCCUCAGAAUGAAGCGGAUGAAAUAGACUCAGAAGAUAGUAUUGAACCUCCACAUAAGAGGCUUUGUUUGUCCUCUGAGGAUGAUCAGAGUAUUGAUGAUUCUACUCCUUGCAUAUCAGUUGUUGCACUUCCACUUUCAGAAAAUGAUCAGAGCUUUGAGGUGACCAUGACUGCGACCACAGAGGUAGCAGAUGAUGAGGUUACUGAGGGGACUGUGACACAGAUCCAGAUUUUGCAGAAUGAGCAACUAGAUGAAAUAUCUCCCUUGGGUAAUGAGGAAGUUUCAGCAGUUAGCCAAGCAUGGUUUACAACUAAAGAAGAUAAGGAUUCUCUGACUAAUAAAGGGCAUAAGUGGAAGCAGGGGAUGUGGUCCAAGGAAGAAAUUGAUAUUUUGAUGAACAAUAUUGAACGCUAUCUAAAGGCACGCGGAAUAAAAGAUGCUACAGAAAUCAUCUUUGAGAUGUCAAAAGACGAAAGAAAAGAUUUCUACAGGACUAUAGCAUGGGGUCUGAACCGGCCUUUGUUUGCAGUUUAUAGAAGAGUGCUUCGCAUGUAUGAUGACAGAAACCAUGUGGGAAAAUAUACACCUGAAGAAAUUGAGAAGCUCAAGGAGCUCCGGAUAAAGCAUGGCAAUGACUGGGCAACAAUAGGGGCGGCGCUAGGAAGAAGUGCAUCUUCUGUCAAAGAUCGGUGCCGACUGAUGAAGGAUACUUGCAACACAGGGAAGUGGACAGAAGAAGAAGAAAAGAGACUCGCAGAAGUGGUUCAUGAGUUGACAAGCACUGAGCCAGGUGACAUAGUCACACAGGGUGUAUCUUGGGCAGCUGUGGCUGAACGAGUGGGUACCCGCUCAGAAAAGCAAUGUCGUUCUAAAUGGCUCAACUACCUGAAUUGGAAACAGAGUGGAGGUACUGAAUGGACCAAGGAAGAUGAAAUCAAUCUCAUCCUCAGGAUAGCAGAACUUGAUGUAGCUGAUGAAAAUGACAUUAACUGGGAUCUGUUAGCUGAGGGAUGGAGUAGUGUCCGUUCACCACAAUGGCUACGAAGUAAAUGGUGGACCAUCAAAAGGCAAAUUGCAAACCAUAAGGAUGUUUCGUUCCCUGUCUUAAUAAAAGGUCUUAAACAGUUACAUGAGAACCAAAAAAACAACCCAACGCUUUUGGAGAAUAAAUCAGGAUCUGGAGUUCCAAACAGUAAUACCAAUUCCAGUGUACAGCAUGUUCAGAUAAGAGUUGCCCGCUUGGAAGAUAAUACAGCCAUCUCUUCUAGCCCCAUGGCAGCAUUGCAGAUUCCAGUCCAGAUCACCCAUGUUUCUUCAACAGACUCUCCUGCUGCUACCGUUGACUCAGAAACAAUAACACUAAACAGUGGAACACUACAGACAUUUGAGAUUCUUCCAUCUUUCCAUCUACAGCCCACUGGCACUCCAGGCACCUACCUACUUCAAACAAGCUCAAGCCAAGGCCUUCCCCUAACUCUGACUGCUAGUCCCACAGUAACCCUGACAGCUGCUGCUCCUGCUUCUCCUGAACAGAUCAUUGUUCAUGCUUUAUCCCCAGAACAUUUGUUGAACACAAGUGAUAAUGUUACAGUGCAGUGUCACACACCAAGAGUCAUCAUUCAGACUGUUGCCACAGAGGACAUCACUUCUUCCAUAUCCCAAGCAGAACUGACAGUAGAUAGUGAUAUUCAGUCAUCUGAUUUUCCUGAGCCUCCAGAUGCCCUAGAAGCAGACACUUUCCCAGAUGAAAUUCAUCACCCUAAGAUGACUGUGGAGCCAUCAUUUAAUGAUGCUCAUGUAUCCAAAUUCAGUGACCAAAAUAGCACAGAACUGAUGAAUAGUGUUAUGGUCAGAACAGAAGAAGAAAUUUCUGACACCGACCUUAAACAAGAGGAAUCACCCCCUGAUUUAGCCAGUGCUUAUGUUACCGAGGGUUUAGAGUCUCCCACUAUAGAAGAACAAGUUGAUCAAACAAUUGAUGAUGAAACAAUACUUAUCGUUCCUUCACCACAUGGCUUUAUCCAGACAUCUGAUGUUAUAGAUACUGAAUCUGUCUUGCCUUUGACAACACUAACAGAUCCCAUACUCCAACAUCAUCAGGAAGAAUCAAAUAUCAUUGGAUCAUCCUUGGGCAGUCCUGUUUCAGAAGAUUCAAAGGAUGUCGAAGAUUUGGUAAACUGUCAUUAGGAUAAUUCUUAGAAAUAGGCAGUUCAAGCAAAGAAGCCACACUGUUAAUUACAACAUCUUCAAAGAAAUAGGAGCAACCCCCAAGAGGCUUAAUUUACCAAUUUAAAUAGCCACAGUGCUUAAGCCACACAUUGUUGCUGCUAUGACUUCUUACCUCCUUUAAAUACAUCAUCUGAAGUUGAGUUUUAUGACAGUGUGUAGUUGAGUGGAGGCUGGGAGUUUUAAGCAUAAAUCCCUAUGUUUAAUGUUACAUGGCAAUAAGGAAUUUCAUUCACUUCAGCCACGAAGAAAAGUUUAGAAUCACGAAAGCUUAACUGCUGUGGUUUAAAAUACAGUUUCUCUAAAGAUCAGACAUGGCACUGUCUCCUUUCAAGUAAGCCUGGUUGUAGUUCAGAUAAGUCAUUUCAACAUGAGAGCUUACCAGUGAUCUUCUGAUCUUCAAGAAGACUAAGUUUGAGACUUGACCAGCAUACAAGUACAGAGACCUAGGAGGUGGUCUUGUGGUGGUUACGUUUGAUUAACCCAUUGCUGGCAGUGGGAGCUGAUUUAGGCAGGGUAAACAGGAAAGCAUUAAAAGAGUUAAAAUUCACUACAGGUUUUUUGUUACUUUUAAAGGGAAUAUGGAUAAGCAUAGUAACAAAACCCACCAAAAUCUAAGCAGUUUUCACCCCCUCAGAAACCACUGUCAUUAGUUUACAAAGUUAGCACUUUGAAGUAAAACUAAAUGAGGAAGGAAGUAAUGUUACCUAUCCUUGAUACCGUGACCAUUUAUUACAUGUUUUGCAACAUAAAUUACCCAGAAAAUAGUUUGUCAUCCACUUUGUUAGGUGGUGGGUAUAGUAUAACCUCUCAUCUCAGGCAAUUUUUAAAAAAACAGUAUUUGCUUCUAUAACAAAAGGAAACAAAUCUAAGAGUCAUUCCUAUACUACAGAAGGGUUAAGGCAAAGGUAGCCUUUUGGGCUUUUUAAUGAAUAUGACCCCUAUAGAAAAGUCAAGGAAAAAAAAAACCUUGUAUAAAUUAUUUUAUUUAUUAUUGUAAUUAGAUCUUCACAAAGUUGUCUUUUCACUGUCUGUUUUGUUAACGUGAAAUUAAAUUGUAGUUAUAAGCAAAAGUCGGUUGCCUAGGGAACAACUGUAUAUUCAGUUUAACAGAAAUAAAAGAAUAUUUGUCUUAAAA